AACAAUUGAACAUGUUUCAUGGAAUCGACAAACUUUAGGGUAUUUCUGUUCAAAACUUCAAAACAGUACUCAGGUGGGUAAGUUGCACUCUUCCCCGCGCCCUGAUCUGCAGAAAUGACAAGAGGAAACUGGUUCAGAUUCGUCCCUUCCCGCCUUCAACUUCGCCGGUACUGCUCCUCCGAUGCUUUUGACCCGCCGCCAUUUUUCCCUCCCCGAAGAGUUGUUGUCACCGGUGUUGGCAUGGUGACACCACUUGGUUGUGGGGUCAAAGCUACAUGGGAGCGACUAAUACAAGGGGAAUGUGGUGUAAGAGCAGUAACUCUUGAUGAUUUGAAGAUGAGUGGAUUUGAUGAAGAAGUUCAGUUGCGAGCUUUUGAUCAAUUGACAUCAAAAGUUGCGGCAAUUGUGCCUUCUGGAACUAGCCCGGGGGAAUUCCAGGAGGAGCUGUGGCUCAAUUCCAAGGAGCAUAGAUCUAUUGCUAGGUUUAUUGGAUACGCAUUAUGUGCUGCUGAUGAAGCCCUCAAGGAUGCUAAUUGGAUACCAACCACCUUGGAUGAGAAGGAGCGAACAGGAGUCUCCAUAGGUGCUGGAACUGGAAGCAUUGUUGAUAUUUUGGAUGCAUCCAGAAUGAUCAGCGAGAAGAACUCACGUCGGAUUAGUCCAUUUUUCAUCCCACGGAUACUGAUCAACAUGGCUUCGGGCCAUGUAAGCAUGAAGUAUGGAUUUCAGGGACCAAACCAUGCUGCAGUGACAGCUUGUGCCACUGGAGCACAUUCAGUCGGGGAUGCUACUAGGAUGAUCCAAUUUGGUGAUGCGGAUGUCAUGGUUGCUGGAGGGACAGAAGCCAGCAUUGAUGCUUUAUCUAUUGCAGGGUUUUGUAGGUCAAGAGCAUUGACUACCAAGUAUAAUGCUGAACCACAAGAAGCUUCAAGGCCAUUUGAUUGCGAUCGUGAUGGAUUUGUCAUUGGUGAAGGUUCUGGUAUUUUAGUGUUGGAGGAAUUGGAGCAUGCAAAAAAACGAGGGGCUAAGAUAUAUGCUGAGGUUCGUGGUUAUGGUACCUCAGGCGAUGCAUAUCACAUUACUCAACCACAUCUUAGUGGAAGAGGUGCUAUUCUGGCCAUGACACGUGCUCUAAAGCAGUCUGGUCUUCAUCCUAAUCAAGUCGGUUACAUAAACGCACACGCAACGUCUACACCUUUGGGUGAUGCUGUGGAAGCUACUGCAAUAAAACAUGUAUUUUCGGAUCAUGCAACAUCUGGUGCUCUGGCCUUCUCCUCAACAAAGGGUGCGGUUGGCCAUCUACUCGGGGCAGCUGGAGCUGUAGAAGCUAUUUUUGCUAUACUAGCACUACACCAUGGAAUGGCGCCUUUGACGCUAAACCUUAAAAAACCAGAUCCCAUAUUUACUGGUGAUUUCACCCCAUUGACAGCGUCGAAGCAGAUAGAUGCUAAGGUUGUUCUAUCGAACUCCUUUGGCUUUGGAGGAACAAAUGCAACUUUGCUUUUUGCUUCCAUCAACAACUAAUCAUUGAGUUAGGAGUUUUGUUUGACAGAAAGUUGUGCACUUAGACAGUUAGACAUCCCCUUGGACCUCAUUAUACUAUUAAUAAAAAGCAUUCUUUUUGGGGAUUUUUUUUAAUUUUAA